CUCCAGUGCAGAAGGAGCCUUCUGCGGGGUCCGUGGGAGUAGCAGGUGUCGCCUCGGGAACAGCCCGUGGUCUAGGAGCGAGUAUAGGAGCAUUCGGUGUAAAUUGGUUAUUCCCUGGGUAGUUCCAAGCACUUUACAGGCGGUUGCAAAUCCAACGGGUUUGUGGAGAUUUAUUUUCUCUCCUGCCCUUUUGCAGAAGCUCGGAAAGGUUAAUUUGCAACAAAAAGUACAUGUACCACCUGGAUUCCGAAUUACGAAUUUGGAUAACCUGACUUUGAGUUCUAUUUUUUAUUAGAUGGUUCUGUUUUUUAGGAGUUCGUUUGCUCCCUGGAAAAAGGACGGAGAAAUUAAUCCUCUCAUUUUAAUCUGAGUUAAUUGUCUUCUAAUCCUGACCUAUGAAAUAUCAGGAUUAGCAGACAUGGUUGAAACUUGGAGGAAAUGUCUAACAUGGGAAUUGGAAUCUAUAGUAAAGCAGAGCAUGCCUUUUAAAGUGUGUGUCUUGUGAAAUUCAUUUUCAGAUGCUCGGGGGACUUUUGUUCCUGUGAAAUUUGAUGGGAGGUUUCAAGUAGGGAUGCAAGGGGAUGGAUACAGGCCCGAAGGAAGACUUUUGUGUGUGUGUGUGUGGUACUAGCUAUAGUAUACCUGUUUGUUGGGAAAGAUGUGUUCAAUGCUUACAUACGCAAGUUGAAAAAUCAGAAGAUGGAAGACUGAUAUAUACUGGGAAUCUGGCCCGAACAGUAUUUGGUGUGAAAUGUUUCUCUUAUUCUACAAGUGUGAUCAGCCUUGCAUUUCUACCAUACAUUUUUGCACAAAAUAAUGUUAUAUUUGGAAGUCUGCCUUUGCAAAUCUUAUUUUAUGGCAUCAUAGGAAGUUUUACAGUGAUCACUCCAGUCCUGCUUCACUUUAUUACAAAAGGUUAUGUCAUUCGGUUGUACCAUGAGGCCACGACAGACACUUACAAAGCCAUUACUUACAGUGUUUUGCUUUCAGAAAUGAGUACCGUGUUUCACCAGAAUGACGUAAAGAUUCCAAACAGCACACACGUGUUUACCACAUUUUAUGCUAAAACAAAAUCACUGUUAGUUAAUCCAGGUCUCUUUCCAGACCCCAGAGACUAUGACCAUCUAAUGGGUUAUGACAAACCAUUCACUUUUGAUAUGGAGGAAGCCAGUGAAAAGAAACAGCUUGAAGAUGAGAAAUAAGUCUGUCGUUUUUAUGUUUGUGCUUCAAUGUGAUUUAUUUUUCCCAUGUAAAAUAAUAAAAUUGCCUUUUGUUUUUUGUUAGUGACUGAUAAAAAUAAUUUGAAACUGUAGCAAACAACUUGAUUACUUUUCAGAGAAUUAUGUUCCUUUAUAAUAACAAGCUAUGUUUGCAAAACAAAACUUAAUAUUCCACCAUUUGUGUUUUUAAAGAGUGUGAAAAUACAUGUACAUGCUGGCAUAUGCAUGAGUAAUGGAAUAAGUAUGGUUGCCUCUCAGCUGGGGAUCAGAUGUCAGACACAAAAGGGAGAGUUAUUUUUCCUUUGUUGGGGGUAAGAUGUCAAACAAAUGAGGGAAGUUAUUUUUCCUUGUGUUUAGAUUUUUCUAAGAGCAUUGAUACUGUCAUUUCUCACAUUAAAAACUAUUUUUAAGCUCUGGAAAGCAGUGGUAAUCUGCUUUCUUUUGGUUUAGUGCGAGCUUGUUGCCUGCAAUCUCUGGCAGGGCUACCCAUAAUAAGGUUCUCCAUGUGGUCAGCUGUGGGGGAAAGGGGGACCUAAGCAGUGUUGUGUUCUGUGGUUCCAUUUGUCCCUCGUGUGCACUCCUUCCUUGGUGCACCCUAUAAGUAGGAAAAGCACAUAUACUAAGUAGGUGGACAGUACGUUUUAUAAAAUAGCAAUCUCGAUACUAAGUAUUGGUGUUUUAAGAUUUUUACCUCUAUUUAUAAAACUUGGUUUCCAUGAAGGAUUUUCAGCCAAGAGCAAAGACUUCAAACCAUGCUCUUUAGAUCUGUAGAUACUUAUUAAGCGCCUAGAGUAUGCCAGGUCUGUGUUCAUUGCUAGAGUCACAGUUAAGAACCAAACACUCAGCCUGGCUGGUGUGGCUCAGUGGAUUGAGCAUUGUCCCAUGGACUGAGAGGUCCUGGUUCGA